CAUUUUCUUCGUAUUUUUCUGUUUCUCGUAGCUCACUAAGGAAACCCUAGUUCUCUUCCUGAUCUCCCUAACAGUCUUCAAGUCCUCUCAAAGUGUGUCAAGAUUUUACAAUUAGUAAUUCAUGCCUCUUGCUAUUUAAGGUGCAAUGAUUGAAGUUCUUCUUGAUGCCAAGAGUGAUGGGUUCAGAUGAAAAAACCUUUGCUAAAGAGAGUUUGUCUUCUGAGGUGCUGAGCUCACCAGGGAAAAAGGAAGUCGCCCAAGAUGGUUCAAAAACCCAAGAAAGCAUCCAAGCAUUCCUCCAGUCAUGCUCGAAGAAGGAACUUGCGUAUCGCAUGCGUUUCGAGAAAGAAAGAAAGCAAUCAAGUGCGACAAAGUGUAAAAUGACCGAACAAAAUCUGAAACCUGUGUUCACCAAAGGCAGCAAGAACCACGAGAACAAGAAAACCUCUUCGGGUAAUGCAGCACCAACAAAUUCUCAAUCUCUCUCUAGAAAACAGCCGAGGAAAGGGGAGAACCCUAUUCGCCUUCCAUCUGUAUCUGAUGACUCCCCUAGUAGUGGGUGCCCUAGCUCCUGGAUUUGUAAGAAUGCAGCUUGUAGAGCAAAUUUGACCUCGGAGGAUGCAUUUUGUAGGAGGUGCUCUUGCUGUAUUUGCCAUCAGUUUGAUGAUAACAAGGACCCAAGUCUUUGGUUGGUAUGUUCAUCUGAGACUAGUGAGGGAGAUGUAUGUGGAUUAUCUUGCCAUGUUGAAUGUGCUUUGCAAUACCGCAAAGUUGGGGUUGUGGAUCUUGGUCAGUUGAUGCAUUUAGAUGGCAGUUAUUGCUGUGCAUCUUGUGGAAAAGUCUCGGGCAUUAUUGGAACAUGGAAGAAGCAAUUACUAAUAGCCAAAGAUGCACGGCGUGUAGAUAUUCUUUGCUACCGAAUAUCCUUAAGUCACAGGCUUCUGGAUGGAACAUCUCGGUUCCAAGAAAUCCAUAAAAUUGUCGAAGACGCAAAGUCGAAACUUGAAACUGAGGUGGGCCCUGUUCAUGGUGUCUCAGCCAAGAUGGCUCGUGGCAUUGUUAGCAGGCUCUCUGUGGCUUCUGAAGUUCAAAAACUCUGUGCUCUUGCUAUUGAGAAGGCAGAAUCUUGGGUGACCACUAUCGGCCAUAGCAACUCUAUUCACAGAGAGGAUUCACUUCCUGCUGCUUGCAGGGUCCAGUUUCAAGAUGUGACCUCUUCUUCUCUCAUGAUUGUACUGAAAGAUGCGGCCUCUGUGCUCAAAAGCAACAUAAAGGGUUACAAACUUUGGUGUCAUAGAAGUAGAGAGCAGAUGAAUGAGAAGGAACCAAUGUGCAUCUUGCCAAAAUCAAAGAGAAGGGUUCAACUUUCGAACCUCCAACCCUGCACAGAGUACACAUUCAGGAUAAGGUCAUUCACUGAUGAAGGGGACUUGGGUCACUCUGAAUCCAAGUGUUUCACCAAGAGCGUAGAGAUAGUCCACAGGAGCACCGAGCCCACUGUAUCCCUAGAUGAUAAAACUGAGAACUUGGGUAUUGAAGGGAGCUCAACAAAUGUUAAGAAAGAGGCAAAAGCGAAUGGUGGAGCUUCUGGUUUCAAAGUCAGAGAUCUCGGGAAAAUUCUAAGGGUAGCAUGGGCCCAAGAACAAGGUUGUAUUAAUGGGUAUUUUGAGGAAGAUAAGGAACAAGCAGAUGGCUCAAAGGGUGAUGAUAUAGUGAAAGCAGAGAUCUUGGAUGGAGACCCAUCAUCUGUUUCUCAUGGCCUUGAUUUGAAUAUGGUCUCAGUUCCGGAUUUAAAUGCUGAGCUUACCCCACUGUUGGAUGAAUCCAGAGAUGAGUAUAUUGAGUGCAGCUUGGAGCAUGGAAAUGAGGCUCUGGGGUGGAGCUCAGAGCGUGGAGGUGAUAAGAAUGGUCAGGAGAGAUCAAAUGGGAGUGGAGAUUCUCAAAAUUGGGCAGUCAGACCAGCCAGGGAGGUUCCUGCAGUUGAAUCUCGAACUGAUCUCAGGAGAAAGCACGUGGGGAACGGGAAUGAAGAAACCCAUGACUGCGAUAGCACUUUGAUCAAUGGGUCAUCUCCUAUUUCGUUCUCUGAAGGGUCUAUGGGGUUGGAUGAGAGCUAUGAAUACUGUGUGAAGAUUAUUAGGUGGUUGGAGUGUGAGGGCCACAUCGAGAGGGAUUUUAGGAUGAAGUUUUUGACGUGGUUUAGUUUGAGAUCGACUGCUCAAGAGAGGCGGGUGGUCAAUACUUUUAUACAAACCCUGGUUGAUGACCCAGGCAGCUUGGCUGGGCAGCUAAUGGAUUCUUUCCUGGACAUUGUCUCUAGCAAGAGACCGCGAAACGGAUUUUGUAGCAAGCUAUGGCAUUGAUGAUACAAUGUCCAAUGUAUUACAUAAGUCCUAUUAGGUAGCCAUAAUCCAUUCAGAACUGUAGAUUGAGAUUGGUGAUUCUUCUACCCAAGCAUCCCAGUUGAUUUCUUGGGCACAAUUUGAUUGUUCAGGCCUGCAACAUUAGAGACAUACAGCUCUCUUUGGUUGUUAAGUGGCCCCUCACUUGGAUUGACUCUCAUGGUUCCUCGCGAUGCGUAGGCGCAUUGAGAAAUUUUUGGAGUGAUACAUUUAUGAGAUUCCUUGGUUUGUCUACCUUUAUGAUGAAAAGAGAUCAAUGGUACACUAGUAAUUGAUCUAUUUCUAUAUCUCAUUGAUUUGCAGGGCUAAACAGUCUCCUGUUUUUUUUUCUGAAUAAAUGAUUCUGUCUUGUUUUUUCUUUUA